AUGGCACCAUCUGUUCUUCCUGUUGCCUUGCAGAACAAACUGCUUGGCUACAGCAGGGCUCCCAACUCGCAACUGGCAGCUCUGCAACUGGAUGUUAUUCGGAAUAUCGUUUUCAUUCUAUUCAUUCUCCGCCACGUUCGCAAGGCGUAUCAUUCACUCCGAGGCUACGGCCUCUUCGGCAGCAUCCGCAAUGUCUACUCCGCCGUCCGUCUCUUCUGCUACUCCGUGUUCUUGCGAUUCCCCGGCGUUAAAGGCCAGGUUGACAAGCAAGUGUCCACAGCGAUCGAGGGCUUAGAGUCGAAACUCGUCCCCAGCGGUCCUGGUGUUACCAGGUAUCUGACUCUACCCAAGGAAGGAUGGUCGGCCGAGCAGAUUCGCGCCGAAUUGAAUAACUUGGCGAAUAUGGAACAUACACGCUGGGAGGAUGGUCGCGUCAGCGGUGCUGUGUAUCAUGGAGGGCAGGAUCUCCUCAAGCUACAAGCGGAAGCCUUCGGCCAGUUCGGUGUCGCAAAUCCCAUUCACCCAGAUGUCUUCCCUGGUGUUCGGAAGAUGGAAGCUGAAGUUGUCGCUAUGGUCCUCGAGCUGUUCAAUGCCCCCUCCGAUGGCGCGGGUGUCACGACCAGUGGCGGAACAGAAUCCAUCAUCAUGGCUUGCCUUGCUGCACGGCAGAAAGCAUAUACCGAACGGGGUGUCACCGAGCCUGAGAUGAUCAUUCCCGACACCGCCCACGCUGCCUUUAUCAAGGCUUGCAACUACUUCAAGAUUAAGCUCCACCGCGUUGCUUGCCCGGCCCCGGACUAUAAGGUCCAUAUUCCAUCGGUUCGGCGGUUGAUCAACUCCAACACUGUUCUUAUUGUCGGAUCUGCGCCGAAUUUUCCUCAUGGUAUUGUUGACGACAUUCCCGCUCUGUCUCGACUGGCGACCUCGUACAAGAUUCCCCUACAUGUCGACUGUUGUCUGGGCUCCUUUGUCAUCGCGUUCCUCAAGAAAGCGGGCUUUGCCUCUCCGUAUGAGGAAGAGGGCGGCUUUGAUUUCCGUCUACCCGGUGUGACCAGCAUUAGCGUGGACACUCACAAGUAUGGCUUCGCGCCCAAGGGCAACUCUGUGCUUCUAUACCGCAACAAGGUAUACCGCAGCUAUCAGUACUUCAUUUACCCUGACUGGUCUGGAGGCGUUUAUGCGUCUCCAUCCGUCGCCGGCUCGCGUCCCGGUGCGCUGAUCGCAGGCUGCUGGGCUAGUCUGAUGAAUGUGGGUGAAUCUGGUUACAUCAAGAGCUGCCACGAAAUCGUUAGCGCAGCGAAGAAAUUUGAGUCGUCAAUCAAGGAGCACUCAAUCUUGUCGAAGAACUUGGAGAUCGUCGGAAAGCCCAUGGUCAGCGUCGUCGCCUUCGAAAGCAAGAAUGACGCCGUUGAUAUUUACGAUAUUGCUGAUGAUUUAUCCGCAAAGGGCUGGCACCUGAACGCUCUUCAAACACCUCCUGCUAUCCACGUGGCUUUCACUGUUCCCACAGCUUCAGCAGUGGAUGCGCUUACCAAUGAUUUGGUCGAGGUUGUUGAGAAGGAGCUGGAGAAGGCCGAGGAGAGGAAGCGGCAGGGCAAGUCGUAUAUUGUCAAACGUGGAGACACCGCAGCUCUCUAUGGUGUGGCUGGUAGCAUGCCGGACAAAAGCAUCGUCAGCCGCCUGGCAGAGGGAUUCCUCGACACUCUGUAUAAAGCAUAG